UGUGUGACAGUCCAAUAUGGUCACGCUUUUAAGCGUAACGCAACACUUCACGUGUUUGUAAGCCUUGAUUAUCACAACACGACCCAGAGCCUUCCACACGACUCCGCUGUAGUCUGGGUAGACAAGAUUCAUAAGACAUCGUUCGACGCAUGCGUUUUGAAGGCAGGACGCAAUGACAUCGUGCCUCCAGAUGGCGGGCUUGCCUUUGUAGACUUCGUGGCGUACGAAGGAUCGCCUGCGGAUACAGUAUCUGGGACGACAGACCUUGCCCCCUGGUGGGAUGGGACGCAAUGUCAGACUGUGGCAUUCCCCCAGAACAAGUUUCCCCACACGCCGUACGUGAUCGUCACCGCCCAACACACCACACCGGGAAUGCGGAGCAACGCGCUCACUCUGUGGUUAGAAGAUCUGACCACCUCGGGACUUAGAGUGUGUGCUCGCGAGUUACAAACGUUUGACCGCGAGCAUAAAGGCAUACAUGUGCACUGGCUAGCAUUCGCAACUCUGCCUGAAGACAUGGUUGCUGAGCAUCACAAGAUGUCAUUCACAAGCGAUCAGCCACCGUCAUUGGCUAACGCAUUCUGUGACGGCCUGAAUUUCACGAGGACGUAUGAAACAAUGCCAACAAUCGUGCUGUCUGUCAAUCAUUACACUGGCGCAGGGGGGCUGGUACCUGAGUACAACAGCAUCACGGCUUGGGUCGAGAUUGCGACCAAGUCGUACUGCCAAGUUUGCUUGAGGCAGUCUCGCGGAUUGAACGGCCACGACCCUCUGUUUGUCGAUGUUGUAGUUCUUGGAUGAUGCCCUUCGCGUUUCCCGAGAUGACUACCUGUCACGUGGCCUGAUAGCAUUGAGAGUGGUGAGAGAGUCAGUGAGAGUGAAGAGAAAAGAGAGAGAUCGUAAGAGUGGGGAGAGAGACAGUGAGAGUGAAGAGAAAAGAGAGAGAUCGUAAGAGUAGGGAGAAUGAGACAGUGAGAGUGAAGAGAGAUGGAGACAGUGGGGUGGGGAGACAGAGACUGUUAUAGUGGCGAGAGGGAGGAGACGUGAACAAAUUAUUUGAAAGUUCUAAAUAUGAAACAAAGCUUUUAUAAUAUUUGAUCUGUAAAAUUGAUAGUUGUGUUGGUUAAAAGUGUAAGCUUAUAUGUUUUGAAUAAAAACAAUCCAGUAGUAA